CGCGCUAACGACAUGGAAAGUGGCAAGGGGGCGGGGCCAUGCCGGUGCAGAGAGGAGGAUAGAUUCAUACAGGACUGUCUAGUUGCCGCAGCAAACAGGUACCGCUGCAAACCUGAACCCACAGCGGGAGCCGUUUCAUUUUUCUCCCCCAAGGAACAAGACCAUCCUACCGCCUGUCAGCAUGGGGAAUCUGCCGCUCUCCACCGGUCUCUUCAAGACUGAUGAAACGUCAUCUAAACAAGUCAGCGAUGACAAGUAUGUAGCCAGAAGGAUUUGCAACGGCAUCACUUAUUAUUGUACUCCAAUAACACCAGCUGGGUCUCAGAGCCCAUGUUCUGCCAAAGAUUCCCCACAUCUUCUUCCAUCAGACGAUUCCUCCUCUUCACUGCUUUCAGAAACGCCAACAGAUACAGCUAUAUCUACCCUAAAUCAAUCCCACUCUGCCUCCCACUCUCGCCCGCUUCUCGUCUUCUUCUCGUGGCUCGGCGCUCAGCCAGUGGCUGUUGCUAAGUAUCGUGACCUCUACUUGGAACGUGGCAUGGAUGUCCUCCUGGUUCAGAGCAAUGUGAUGCACUUCUUGUGGCCUCGAUGGGGCCUCAGUUAUGGGUUGGAGGUUUUGAAUAUUUUGGAAGAACCCCCGUUCUCUGGAAGGGACGUGCUGGUCCAUGCCUCCUCCAUUGGUGGCUACACUUUCACCCAGGUUCUCACCCACAUUGCUCGGGAACCCAAAAGACACAGUGCACUGGCACAAAGGGUGAUAGGGCAUAUCUAUGACAGUCUGGUGGUGGGAACACUUGAGCACAUGGCAACAGGUCUGGGUAAGACUCUGCUGCCGCGCCUAGAGGGCUUCAUAAAAAACACAGCCAUGCUUUAUUUCUGGAUUUUCAAGACCCACACGGCAGACUUUUAUGAGAACAGCAUCCUGGUUUUCCAGAGAAGCCCCGUCACUUCUCCGGCCCUCUUCUUCUUCUCUGAAAAUGAUGCAAUGUGCAACCCGGCAGUCCUGGAGAAGCUGAUGGACUUGUGGAAGCGGAGAGGUGUGAGCGUGGACAACAAGAAGUGGAAAGAGUCUAAACAUGCAGCCCACCUGCGAUGCCACCCAGAGGAGUACCUGUCCACUCUGCAGCACUUCCUAAAUUCUCUGCCUGCUUCCUCCCUUAAAACUAAAAUCUAAAACAAUCAUGUUUGUAUCUAAAAAAAAAAAAAAAAAAAAAA